AGCAGUGUUAGCGUGCGUUUCGAACCGUGAUCUGACGUUAUUUGUUCUUCCUGUGUGAUCCCUCGAGAGUACGCUAAGUUAUGAACACGAUUAAGUUACAAGUGAAAUACAAGUCUAACCACGCGUGCCUCUCACUUUUGUUAGGGAGUACGUAAAGCCAGGAAAAAUCAUGGGUAUCACAAUCGUCACUCGACUGACUCUGGUGAUUGGCUUGAUUUCUCUAGCUUCCCCUGAAAUCAUAAGAAACCUAACCCGCAAGGAGGUUGAAGCCCCGGUCGCCAUUGAAGAUGUGUUCGAUAACCUAAUAGUUGAAGAAGCACAUGGCAUGCCGGCUGUGAUCGUGGAUGUGAAUGACAUCCUACAAAUCGCCGAAACCGCCGACGUGCCAACCAUAAGUGAACGCGAGACGGACGCCAACCCGAGCAUAAUCGCGUCUGUCCUAAACGAAGGAGAAUCUUACACGGAUGAACCCCUCACCCUGAACACCUCUUCUAUACUCGACGACAAGGCAAACGAGGAGGACCACAGUCGCACGUAUGACAAGCUCUACCAGCAGGGCGUUGACCACUACCUCAGCAAUGACUGGCAUCAGUGUGUGGGGUACUUGGAGCUCGCCAUCAAGGACUAUACCUGGUACACCAACACGCUUAAGAGCUGCCGUCGCGAUUGCCGUGCAGAGGCCCAGGGGGCGACGCCCCUGGCGCAACCCCGCAGCGUCGAACAGGAGUUCUACGAGACGACGAUCAGGAACGCGCUGUGCCUCCUGAAAUGUCGCCAGAAGCACUUCUUGUCCCGUCACCACCACGUUGCUCCUGCCAGCGUUGACAGGGAGUUUAUAUCACGCAAGCCUUACGACUACCUGCAGCUCUGCCUCUUUAAGUUGGGCAGGUUCCAGGAUGCCGCCAACGCUGCAGUAACUGUGCUCGCGGCACAGCCCACGCACACCGUCAUGUCCAACAACCUCAAGCAAUAUAUUGAGCAGUACUCCGCCGACCAGGACGAGCUCGAUAACCUCGAGCUUCAGGAGUAUGCCGUGGAGUACGUGCGUGGAGACCAGGCUCACUCUGCAGAGGACUACGCGAGGGCGGUGGAGCACAUGGAGGCGGCGCUGACGCUGUACUGGCGCGCCCUGGAGGACUGCCGUCUCAUGUGCGAGGAGCCUUUCGACCAGGGCUGGUUCCCCGACUUUGUUUCUUCAGUUGCCAAUCACUACACCUUCACCUUCCGCUGCAAGAGGAAGUGUGGCCUGCAGCUCUCCAACCUUUACGGCGAGGACAUACAAGACUUCCUUCCCUCCAUCCUCAACUACCUGCAGUACGGCUACCAGAAACUUAAUGAGAUCCCGAAGGCGUGCGCUGCCGUGGAGAGCUACUUGGAACUGCUCCCUGCUGACGCCACGAUGCUGCGUAACAAGCAGUACUACCUCGCUAACUAUCAGAAGAUAGACAAGUUCUUCGUCGUCAGGAAGGAGGUAGCGGAGCAUGCAGCCAGGGAGCGUUACGAGGAGCGCCUGCUAAACUUCAUCGACACGGAGUUCGUCUUCUUGGAGGAAGACCCGUCCGUCAUGAUGAAAGAGCUGGCAAUUGAAGACGAGGGAGACGAAGAUGGCGCUUUUGCUGUGCGAGAUUCGUCAGUCCCAGUUCAUGAAGAUCCGCAGGUUGAAGAACCCAAAACCAUCGCCACACAAGAACCUGUCGGAAACGGUGCAGAGACUGACGCCACGGCCACGACAUCGUUUGUGGCCGCUGAUAAGUUCUCAGUUAAGGAGAGUUCUGGGGCUGCGGUAGUUGAUAUACAUGACGAAGCUAGACGAAGUCCUUCUUUAGUUACUUCGAGUCUUCGCAGCCGAGGCGACGCCGGUGACAUUGAAGCCUCUGAGGGUAGAAUGUUGAGGGACAAGCAACCAACCGCCGCAGUGACGCUGGGGCCCGCGGCGCUGAACGGCUCCCGUCGCUACGUCGUCGACGGCCUCAUCUCAGACAUCAAGUGCAAAAUCCUGAGCGCUCUUGUGCAUGUUGCUGGGGAGCGCGGGGACGGCUACCACCGCAACGUCAACCCACACACUGAGGCCGAGGAAUUCUUUGGCCUCACGCUCAGUCGUACAGGCCUGAUGGUGCACGCCGGUCUGCUCGAGGCUGACAUGUUGCGACUGGUGUUGCGCGUCACAAGCGUCGCUAAGCAAAACAUCGAGCAACACUUUGAACUGCAACGUCCACUCUACUUCUCCUUCACUCACCUCGUCUGUAGGACUGCAAAACCGGAAUAUUACGACACCCGCCCGCCCGGAGACCUCAGCCACGUGGUGCACGUAGACAACUGCAUCCUGUACGGCCCAGGCGAAUGCCUGCAGCGCCCUCCUGCCUACACCUUCCGCGACUACAGCGCCAUCUUGUACCUCAACGACGACUUCGAGGGCGGAGAAUUCGUCUUUACAGACGACCCACAGGCAAAGGCUGUCCAAAGUUCAGUAACACCCAAAUGCGGACGCAUGGUUGCGUUUUCCGCUGGUCCGGAAAACCCUCACGGCGUGAAGGCAGUUCGACGAGGUAGUCGCUGCGCGCUUGCGCUGUGGUUUACGCACGACGCUAAGCAUCGCGACAAGGAUAGAAUUUUAGCCGAGACUCUGCUCAAUAAGAUAAAAUUGGGAGAAAUUAAGGUCAAGUAGAGUUGGCACACGUGAAUCCGCUUAUGAAUAUGAUUUACUUGUCAAUUGUACGUUCCAUUAAGUAAAUUGAUGGUAGGUGUUCCCUUGAGUUUGACGUAUUUAUCAUAAGCUCCUAUUUGUGCCGUACACCAACAUUUCAUUUCAAUUAAAUUUUCAAUAUUUUGUAGGCAUCAGUCGCUAUGACGACGAUGAUAUGAUGUAUCAUGUAGGUAGAAUCACGCAUGCGGGAAUUCGUAUCUCUUUUUGGAGCAGUUUAUAAUGUCUCGGACAAAUUUACGGCCAGUCGUUCAAAUCUGUACAGUAGUUC